AUGGCAUCGCCGGAGCAAAUCAGUCGAAGUCGAACGAAGGGUGUUUUCCGGUCACAGCCACGCAGUAGGUCUGGCUCACCCACAUCGUGGCUGAGCUACGCUUCAUACUCGGCUACACUCACAGACGGCACGGGACGAGUCCGCCGAAAAUCUGGAAUUCCCAUGACAGUGGGCACGACCCGCGAGGUAAGCCCCACGCGAAAGAACUGGUACAAUGCCCUCGACGAUCAGUCGGAUGAGAGCGAAACGUCCAGUGUUUUCUCGGACCGCUCGUUCCCUUCUUACAACAAAGGUGGUUAUGAGGGCCACAUCGCACUACUAGAUGUGCCAAGCAUCUUGCAGCAUUUUACCAGCAUCCACAGGUUUAACCGCAAAGAGGGUUUGUUGGUCCUGCUGUCAGUGCUGCGGUCGAGGCACACCCUCUCUCUGCCUAACAUGAAGGAAGUCACUGACAUGUUCACCAAGAUGUUCAUGGACCCACACACCAAGGUGUUCCCAUGCUUUUUGGUAGCCUUGGGGGAGCUGAUCCAUGUCCAUACUGCGGAGUUGCAUAGCUGGCUGUAUGUUCUGCUGACCCGUCUCUUCAUCAAGACUGAAACCGACCUUUUAAGUUCGCUGCAAACAAAGAUACAGAAGGUCCUCUCUAUAAUUCGAGACUGUUUUCCUCAUGGCGACCAAUCUCCAGCAGUAGUAAAUUACGUCACUGAUCCACCACAGACUCUAAACAUUAAGAACAAGAUCACAAUUGUACAGUAUUUGAUAUCGCUGCUGCAAGCGAUGGACUCUGGGGACUUGCUGGUCAACACAUCCAAGGCACACUCAAUGCUUAGGGCAGCAGAAAUCAAUGCAUUAUUCAGCAGACUUGGCCCUGACAACGAGGCUUUUGCGAUGGGUCUGUUUCUGUCCUACAUACAUGGUCGUACUGAUGACAGUGAGCGGCGAACACCUAGUCCCAUCACGGUACAUGUCCAUUCUCCCAUCAGCAGUACGCCAAACAGGGGCAGCCGGUGUAGUGGGAGCCGGUCAAGCAUGCAAAUACAGCGUUCACUGGAAGAAGAGGAGGACAACACUGAAAACCGAAUUUCAUCGGGAAAAUUCAGACAAACACGCGGGGUUCCUCAAGGGGCAGUUCUGUCCCCGCUGCUGUUUAACAUCCUACUCAGCUCCAUUCCUCAUCAUCAAAAUAGAGCUGGGUAUACGAUGGUGAAACUGGUAUGCAUCGGAUCAGGUGAACAUCGCGUUUUCGGUGGAAAUGAACAAGACACGCUCAACAACAUCUUUGCCAUACUUCAAAUCCUUAGCAGCAGGACGGAGCUUCGCAAGCAGACCUUGUCUGAGCUCAUACCCCUCACUAAGGAUGGCUCACCAGAGUUGUGGGAUGAGAACUUCAGGAACGUGCUACGGUGCCUAGUGGAGAAUCUCGAAGAACAAGUGGUGCCUGUAAAUGUGACGGCUUUAAGCGUCUUGGCUAUAUUAAAGAGGCAGCUCAACACUUCCAUAAGUAUGGCUAUAUUGAAGAGGCAGCUCAACACUUCCAUAAGUAUGCCGAGAUCACCAUAAUCAAUCUUCGGAACAUUCAAGUCACCUGAGAGAGAGGUGAGUCGUGCUGCCGAACUGUGUUCUAUGGAGGCUGCUGCUGUGCUACCACCCGAGCAAACAAUGCGGCUCCUGCACUCCUUCAUCAGUGAGUCGGACGACCAAGACGUCAUCGCUGCGAUCAAGGUCAUGUCCGGACUCGCGGAAGUGCACCCAAACAUUAUAAUUGUGGAGCUUCUGCACCAGAUGAUGCCUGUUUUGCUGAUAGCGUAUGACCACAGCGAGAGUUCCAUACGGAAGGCGGCUGUAUUUUGUAUGGUGAGGCUGCAUGUAGUGGUCAGCUCUGAAUUGAUGAAGCCGCGUUUGGCUUCUCUUGCGGGAAGUAAGUUGAAGCUUCUCAAACUUUGCAUCAAGAGUUCACAGGGAAACAGCAGCGGAAGCGCACCUGACUCCCCUUCGAAUACAGCAUCUUCCUCCAGUAACCCCUAAAAUGUGCGUGGGGUGGAGGGGGGGGGGGGCAAGCAGCACUUCACGAAACAAUGCUUCCCUUUGGGCUGCCACCAUCGCUUUGCUGCUGCUUUGCCAAUAACUGUGGCCUCAUGCUGAACUUUAGUUAUUGCAGCAACUCAAACAGGAACUUGGUUUUUAUGUGCUGUGUGUGUUUUUUUUUUCGAGCUUGUGACUACAGUACAUUCUGCUGCAAAGUGCAUAGCUUGAGGUUUAGAUUACAAUAGCUGUGAGAGAGCAAUGCUCCACUUUCAUGCGAACAAGUUGGUUGCUUUCAGGGACUUCCGUUUCGUUUUUUCUUGAUGUGUUAAAAUAUUGUCUUAAAUAUUGUAUAUUGUCUUAAAUAUUGUCUUAAAAUAUUGUAUUAAAUAUUAUUUAAAAUAUUAAAUGGCACGCGCUAGUUGCGCGAGCUGUCGAGGAAGAAGAAGUGUGCGUGGUAGCUGCUGCGAAAAACGGCCCGUCGACGGCGCGGAAGCCCGAAGAGCAUCCGCGUACGAGAACGUGGGAGGUUCGGGUCGUGUUGGUGGCGAGGGAUGAACCACUUUGCCGAUUUCUUCCCGAAUGACAUCCGUAAGAACCGCGGCACUGGGAGGUGCCGGAGCUGAUGCAUAGGACUUCUGCAGUUCUUCUCGAACGAUUUGUCGUAUUAGCUCGGUAAGGGACUCCCUGUCAUCAUUUGCAGGUACGAGAGAGCAUGCAGCAGUCAUGGUGGUCUGGCGUUCAUACUGCGAGAGCCGCUGCCGAAGCAUACGUUCCAUGACUGUUGCCUCACGAAUGAACUGAGAGACUGUUGUAGGAGGAUUGCGCACGAGGCCCGCGAAAAGCUGUUCUUUUACGCCUCGCAUUAACAGACGCACCUUCUUGUCUUCUGGCAUUAGUGGAUCGGCCCGACGGAACAAUCGCGUCAUGUCUUCGACGAACAUGGCGACGGUUUCGUUUGGCAUUUGGAACCUCGAAGACAGUGCCUGUUCGGCUCUUUCUUUCCUUUCGGGAGUGCUGAAGGCUUCGCAAAGCAGUCGGUAAAACUCCUGCCAGCUGGUAAACGAGGCUUCGUGGUUUUCGUACCAUACUCUCGCCGCGUCUAAAAGGGAAAAGUAGACGUUCUUCAACUUACGGCGAUCGUCCCAGUCGUUAAAGGCGGCGACCCGGUUGAAAUGGUCCAACCAGUCUUCAACGUCCUCAAAGGCGUCGCCAUGGAACGGGUUAGGCGUGCGAGGCGCGUUGAGAAUGCAUGGUACGGCAGCAUUUGGCAUCCCCUCGGUUUGGCUUGCGGUAGUUGUUGACAUCUUCCUCACGGAGCUUGCCAGGGGGCUGUAUUGCGGUGGAAGACCUUGGAGGCGACGGCUGCUUCGAUAGAUUUCUGCCGUCCCCGAGGUACUGGCGUCGGUAGCUUCUGGUUGAGGACCCGUAGGCAUACGAUGGAUGCGUACCCCGCACCUCCACCAGUUUGUCACGAGAGGAAAAGCCAGUCAGACAGUUCUAAGCGAACGGCCGCUUACAGUUCGUUUUCGCAGCAGCUACCACGCACACUUCUUCUUC